GGGGCGGCGCGCGGCCUAACCGCGGCGGCGGCGGCGGCGGCGGCGACAGCAGCAGUGGCGGUGUCUGCUAACUCGGCCGCUGCAGAUCUCGCGGCGACGCCUGCGAGGGGCCCGGUCCGCGGGUCGAGGCGGGCGGCGCCUGCGAGGGACCCGUGUCGCGGGUCGAGGCGGGCGGCGCGCGGCGGCGGCGGUGGCGGCGCUCGGCGAUGGUGGGCGUCCCUGGAGCGGCCGCCUUCCAGCUUGGUCCUGAGAAAAGGGUGCCAGCAAUGCCUGGAUCACCCGUAGAAGUGAAGAUACAGUCCAGAUCCUCACCUCCCACCAUGCCACCCCUCCCACCAAUAAAUCCUGGAGGACCGAGGCCAGUGUCCUUCACUCCUACAGCAUUAAGCAAUGGAAUCAACCAUUCUCCUCCUACCCUCAAUGGCGCCCCAUCACCACCACAGAGAUUCAGCAAUGGUCCUGCCUCUUCCACAUCAUCUGCACUCACAAAUCAGCAGUUGCCAGCCACUUGUGGUGCUCGACAGCUCAGCAAGUUGAAACGCUUUCUUACCACCCUGCAACAGUUUGGCAAUGACAUCUCCCCUGAGAUUGGGGAGAAGGUGCGGACUCUUGUUCUUGCACUGGUGAACUCAACAGUGACAAUUGAGGAGUUCCACUGUAAGCUCCAAGAAGCUACAAACUUCCCCCUUCGUCCUUUUGUGAUUCCAUUUCUCAAGGCCAAUCUGCCCCUGCUGCAGAGAGAACUGCUGCACUGCGCUCGGGCAGCCAAGCAGACCCCAUCCCAGUACCUGGCUCAGCAUGAACACCUUCUGCUCAAUACAAGCAUUGCAUCGCCUGCUGACUCUUCAGAGCUGCUCAUGGAAGUACACGGAAACGGGAAGAGGCCCAGUCCGGAGAGGAGAGAAGAAAAUAAUUUUGAUAGAGAUACAAUUGCUCCUGAGCCUCCUGCCAAGAGAGUAUGUACCAUCAGCCCUGCUCCUCGGCAUAGUCCUGCCCUCACUGUGCCCCUCAUGAAUCCUGGGGGCCAAUUCCAUCCUACCCCUCCGCCUCUUCAGCAUUACACCUUAGAGGAUAUUGCAACUUCUCACCUGUAUCGGGAACCCAACAAGAUGCUAGAGCACCGAGAAGUUCGUGAUAGACACCACAGUCUUGGUCUAAAUGGAGGCUAUCAAGAUGAAUUGGUAGAUCAUCGUUUGACAGAAAGGGAAUGGGCUGAUGAAUGGAAACAUCUUGACCAUGCACUGAAUUGCAUUAUGGAAAUGGUAGAGAAAACAAGGCGCUCCAUGGCCGUUCUGCGGCGCUGUCAGGAAUCAGAUCGUGAAGAACUCAACUACUGGAAAAGACGGUACAAUGAAAACACAGAGCUGAGGAAAACGGGGACUGAGUUGGUCUCCAGGCAACAUAGCCCUGGGAGUGCAGAUUCUCUCAACAAUGAUUCUCAGAGAGAAUUCAGCAGCAGGCCAGGUACAGGAUAUGUACCUGUGGAGUUUUGGAAAAAAACAGAAGAAGCUGUGAAUAAGGUGAAAAUUCAGGCCAUGUCAGAAGUACAGAAGGCUGUCGCUGAAGCAGAGCAGAAAGCCUUUGAAGUGAUUGCAACAGAGAGAGCACGAAUGGAGCAAACCAUAGCGGACGUCAAGCGGCAGGCCGCGGAGGAUGCUUUCCUCGUCAUUAACGAGCAAGAGGAGUCCACAGAGAACUGCUGGAACUGUGGCCGCAAAGCCAGCGAGACAUGCAGUGGCUGCAAUAUCGCACGAUACUGCGGCUCUUUCUGCCAGCACAAGGACUGGGAGCGGCACCACCGCCUCUGUGGUCAGAACCUGCAUAGCCAGAGCCCCCAUGGCCAGGGCCGGCCACUGCUUCCUGUAGGCAGGGGCUCCUCUGCCAGGUCUGCCGACUGCAGUGUGCCCAGCCCAGCCCUGGACAAGACCUCGGCAACCACCUCACGUUCCUCAACACCUGCCUCCGUGACAGCCAUCGAUACCAGCAGCCUCUGAGCCCCAGACUCUAGUUACCCUGAUGGCCGCUCAGUACCACAGAACGUUUGGACCAAGGGACUGGCUGUAGGAACCCAUGCAUGUAGCUGCUGGGUCAUCAGCAGGAAUUGGAGGCAGGAAGAGUCCAAGCCUGAAUAAUAGCACCCACAGCCUCUCUGGGCACUUCCCAUCUGUGGAGCCAGUGUGCCAUUCUCUGCACAUGGGCAGCCGGCCCAGCCCCACUGCCACCUCCAUGGCUUUCCUGGUUGUUCCUCUCCCCACUGAAGCUGGCUUAGCCAGUUCCUUCUCAGUGUAGACCACCAGCUCCCCUCCCCAUCUCCUUGAGUCAGCAGACUUUUGAAUGUGCCCGGCUAGGCUGGAGGUGGCGGGCAGCAGGCUGGUGGAGGAAGCCUCUCGGAUAGGGAGCAGCCCCCUCACCCUGAACAGCUCCUUCGGCCCCAUCUCUACCCUCAGCAAAUGACACUGGUUGGCCUCAUGGGGACUUGGGUAAGCAACAGGUGGCACUCAGGACUCCCUUCUCAACCCUGCUAUUCAGACUUGUUCAGAUCUCAGAGUCCACAGGAAAGAAGUCACUGUUGCAAUAAAAGCACCCAUAGUAGCAAAAACAUAAACAAAUAAAACUUCCCGCACAUCACAGAUGAUUUUGGACAAGAUUUUCCAACCUUACUGGCUGCUUUAGUUUGGGACCUGUUCUUUUCUCUUGAUUUUGCUUGUGCAGAAAAUAGUUUCCAGCGCAUGGAUUGGUCUGAAAGAGAGUGAGACUCAGUUGUGGAUAGUCUGUUCUCUCUGAGCAUGUUGGCCAAAUUAGUAUCGUCAAAUUACUGAGUGGAUCAUCUCUUGGAAAUACAGACCUUCUCCCACCACUUGGCUGUUUGCACAGUCGUCUUGUUCUGUGUCCUUUUAUCUCAGACCACACACAUCUGGACUGCUGUGGGCAUCUUCUGCCCGUAGGCUCUAUUUGGCAUCCGCUGAGCCACAGUUGUCCUGCUGGACGUGCCAUGGCAGGUUGUUAGGACUCACCCCUGCUGUCAAGGCCUGGUCUCAUCUGAGCAGCCCUUCUGGACCUGAAAGAAUUCUUCAAACCUCAUCAUUUCAGGUCAUUGCACCUACUAAGUGGAUUUAUUAUCAGGCACACAA